GGAACACGAAAAGGAGGUGCAGAACCGGAAAAGGGGCAAGCGACCCAGGGGCAGGCCCAGGAAAAACGUGGAACCAGAGAUGCCUCCAAAAGCUAAGUCAAGUAGCUCCUCUUCCUCAACAUCCUCCUCCUCUUCCUCCUCUGAAGAAGAGGAUGAAAGUGACUUGGAAGCCAAGAGAGGUCCUCGGGGCAGAGAGACUCACCCAGUGCCUCAGAAGAAAGCCCAAAUCCUGGUGGCAAAGCCAGACAUGAAAGACACUUCCAGAAAGAAGCGUGGACGGAAACCUCUUCCCCCAGAGCAGAAAGCAGCUCGACGGACCGUGAACCUCACCAAGGUGCUCAAGACGUCGCGCAAGGAGGCAGGAGGCAGCAGCAAACCGGUGGGGAAGCUGCCAGGCCAGCACGGCACACAGGGCUCGGGCCUGGCCGCGCUCAAGGAGCCACCAGGCUCUCUAGCUGGGCUCAGCUCUGCGUCGUCUGCCGAAAACCUGCCCGGCAUGAUGAAGAGCGGCUCGGGCAGCCCCAGCAGGGCCAUCAGCUGGCAGAGCUCCAUCGUGCACUACAUGAACAGGAUGUCCCAGAACCAGAGCGCGGCAGAGACGUCGCCUCUGGGCAGGCUGGCGCUCAAGUCGCAGGCAGCAAGUAAGAGCGGCCUCGGCUUGGACUUAAAGAUGAGGAACCAGAAAGGAUCUGGGGAGCUCGGGCUGAGCAUGCCCAAAACUGUGAAGGGUCCCAGCAGCAAUGCUGGGGCGGACCAGAAAUCCGGGUUUGCUGCAGGAGCCCAAGUGCUGCACAACGGCAGCAAGACGCCUGUGAGCUCAUCUGCUCCCGGCAGCCAGCUGGCCUCCAGUCAGGAGCUCAACCUUCAAGCUUUAAACUUGCAGAGCGUCAAAAACGGGCGGAACACGGCAGGCGGGAGCAGCCUCUCCCGGCACGUUUGCACCCUCUCCGAAGUGAGCACGGGCGAGGAGACCAGCUCAGACUCCGACCGGGAUUCGGCCUCCUUCCCGGGCGUGGGACAGAACAUGUCCGUGUCCAUCCAGACGAGCCAGGACUGGAAGCCCACCCGCAGCCUCAUCGAGCACGUCUUUGUCACGGACGUCACCGCCAACCUCAUCACAGUGACAGUCAAGGAGUCCCCCACCAGCGUGGGCUUUUUCAACCUGCGGCAAUACUGA